CUGGCGUGCGAACGCGCUCGCGGCGCACGUCCUGGCGCCGCUGAGCCUGCUGCUCUUCCCGGGCGUGGGCCAGGGGGCCCUCGACUCCAUGCACGCCUUCACGCUCCACCGACGGCCCGAGGGCGACCGUUCCAACGCGACGGCGUCCGUCCACAACGACGUCUGCGAGACGUCGCUGAACUUCGAUUUGAGGGUAGAAGACCUCGGCGGCAGCCGCGUCGUCUUCUACGGCGACGACGGCUCCGAGCGCUGGCUCGGCCACGCGGCGGGCGCGGGCUUCGUCAACGUGUGCCGGGACCAGCACGGCGUCGAGCCCGCCGUCCGCGGCUCGCGCGACACGGCCGUGCUCCGCGGCUUCGCGGCCGCGUUCCGGCGGUCGCCCGGUGAGACGUACCGGGAGCGGUGCCUCCCGCCGUCGAUCUGGUAA